GAAUCAAUCGAUGGUCGAUGCGAUUCAAUCGACUGUUGAUGUCUGUUUACUGAAACGCAUCCUUACGUCAUAUAUACGCGACAGGGGGGUCGUGAAACUGUGCUUGCUGCGGACCUUGUAUUUGGGCUACAUUCUUUUUAAAAGCGAUUUAAGAGAAAAAAAUAUACACAACAAAACAUGUCCACCGCCAUGAAUUUCGGGUCGAAGAGUUUUAAACCUCGGGCUCCCGAUAAAGGCGCGUUCCCUCUGGAUCAUUUCGGCGAGUGUAAGGCCUUUAAGGAGACGUUCAUGAAAUGCUUGAGGGACAAAGACUUUGACAACUCCCAGUGCCGCCUGCAGUCCAAAGACUACCUGGAAUGCCGCAUGGAGAAUCAGCUGAUGGCCAGGGAGCCUCUGACCAAACUGGGGUUCAAAGACCUGAUGGAGCCUCCUCCCAGCCAAGCAGAUGGAGACGCUAAAUCCUGACCUGCUGCUCCUCCACGACCGGGGUCCAAAGAAGAAGAAGAAGAAGAGGAAGAGGGGAUGUUCACCUUGCUAUAGCCUUUGUUUGAUGAGAUGGCCGCCAAAGACUUCUGUGAGCGGAGCUGAGACGAUGGUGGGCUUUCAAGAGCAUUUUGUGGUUUUCAUUUGGCUCCGUUUGUUACAGACAACCGACUAAUUGCAUCAGUCCUUUGCGUGUGUUUGUAUAUAAGAUGUAAUAUAUGGAGAUGCUGAAUAAAUAUUUUGUAUUUGAGGUAAA